CUGAAGUGAACGAAUAGAAGUUUCAGUUGAUCGCUCGCACUUUUGAGAUUCGAACACGUUCAUAGAAAUGACGCAGGCCUAUUCAUUUGUAUACGUUUGCCUCGUGCUGACAGUUGCAUGGAUCAUUGGUUCUGCAAGUGGGAAACCGAUUCAAGUGUUGAAAAAUAUUCCCGGAUUUAUUCCAGUUUACAUAAGACAUGGGAAUGAACCACUGGAGGAGAUAAAUCCAUCAUUAGCUGAAGCAUUUCACGAGGAAAAAAAUAAUAUGAACGUGAUUCCCAUCGAGGAACAACACGUCUCGAAACUCGACGGUAGAAUCCCGAAGAAUAUUAUACCGCCAAUUCCCCAUAUAGGAUUAAAUAAAGAGAAACGCGAGAUCCUCUAUUCAACAUUCCAAGAAUAAUGAGGGAGAAAGAAAAGAAAGAAAUAGUGACGUAGCUCCAAAAGAUCUUCGAGGACACGACCAUGAGAUCAAGUAAUUCGUCAUCUCCUGUACCUACCAGAUGGGAAUGAAGUGAACGUCAGACUAAAGUCGUCUUUUUUAUAGCAACCAAUGUUUUUCAUCAUCGUUGAAUCGUCUUUUUCCACAUAGAUUUUACAUUCUAUAAUAUACAGGUACACUCGACAAUUUGAAUUAUUUCCCGUUUGGAGCCUCUGCGUGUCCUACAAAAAAUUCAAUUUGAGUUCCAUCUGAUUAUAUUUCUGUAAUAUUAACCCUAGAUUGGUCACCAUCGGAGGGAAACGCCGCAGCGCGUGCUUUUGCAUCCAAAUGAAAGCUUUGUAAUCGUUCAAAUUUAAGUUGCCAAUUCUUUGUAUUAGGGUAACUUAAUGUGGUCUCAAAACUCCGAAUAUACGUUUUUUAAGUAGUGUCUCUCUAAAUUUCUUUAUAAGAGAUCUAUCGAAUUUCAUGAAUCUUCCAUGAAUAUAGACUAUAAUAAGCUCUAUUCAUUGGCACCAAUUAAAAUUUAAUUUUUGACACAGAUUCGAAAAAAUUGCUAUUUUUCCAAGUAUCCUUUUUUCAACGAUCACUAAAAACAUUGUUAUCAAAACAUAUAAAAAUUCAAAGAGAAUUAGAAUUUAGCGAGAAACAAUGCCGCACCGCCCAGCCAGGAUUCGAACCCGGCUCUCUCAGUUACGCGCUGGACACUCUCCCAACUAAGCUACCGGGUACUUAAUUAUGGCUCGAAAAAUUGAAAAAAAAUUUUGCCUUACAUACAUUCACCCCCCCCCCCCAACCACCCACCCACAGACAAACAGACAUGUCUUCAAAAAAUUCAUAUAAAGAUUCGAUGAAUCAUGAAACGUGGGGAUAUCAUUAGAUUUCCAAUCUUAAUUUCCUGGCACAUUACAAUAACUGCCUCCCUUCACCAUACCAUUGAUUCGCUGAGCGGAAAGAUUCUAAAAAAUUUGAGGUCAUCAAUUGAAAUGUCUAGAAAAUGAUAUCAUGAAAACAAAUUAUUUCGAACA